AUGACGGCGUCACACGAACCGUACCCAGAAGUCGACCCAGACGACCCCCGCUUCGACGAUGCCGACAUCUCCACCGCCCCCUUCGUCGACCAGCCAGCAUACGGAAGCAGACUCUGGCAGAAGCCCAUAAAGUUCGUGCCUGCCUCAAAGUCGACUCCCCUCACCGCGCCCUCCGUACUUGACGGUCGCUCCUUCGCCGAACAAUACCUCGCCAUCGUGUUCCCAAACGGGCAACCGCCACCCAAAACAGAUGCCUUCCCAACCUGCGGCAUCUGCGGCGCGCCUGUCAAAGAGUCGGAUGACCGCAUGCACUACCUAAGCCCGGUGCAUCAAGCUGCGCUUCCGGAGAUACACACGCCUUCCGGCAUAGACCGCACGCGACUGGGCUUGAAGCUGCUGCAAAGGCAUGGCUUUGAUGUCGAUGCGCGCAUGGGUCUCGGGGCUACCGGCCAGGGCAUGCUCUUCCCCAUCGUGCCGAAGGAGAAGCGGGAUAAAUUGGGCCUUGGUGUGGACAAGAAGCUUGUCGAUAAGGAGAGAAGAGAGGCGUUGCCGCCCAAGGGAACCACGCUCGACGCUGGGCAAGUAAGGAAAUUGGCGACGCAGCAGAAGAAGAAGCAUGAGAAGCUGCAAUCGAUGUUUUAUGGAGACGACAAGCUGGAAAAGUACCUUGGAGGUGGUGCGGUGGAUCAUGGGCUGAAAUAG